CUGUGUGUACAGAAAUUCUCGCGUUUGACAGCUCCGCUUGAAAGGGGGUGAAGAGGCGAAGACGUGAAAAAAAGUGUUUCGAUUUUGCGAAAGAGUUUUUCCCGAGGUGUUUUCGGUUCGUCCAAGAUUCCGGGUUUCCUGCGCUGUGGGUCGGUUCCGGGAGUGUUGUGAAGUGGUCUGUUUCGUGAGGGGGGAGGAAGAUUGGUGUUUAAGUUUCGAGUGGCGGAGGCGUUGCACAAGUUUCGAUUUUGCUGCUCUGUGUUGAAAUUUGCCCCGUUCCGAGUGAGUUGCUCAAGUUCCGGAUUCUGUGCGGACACGGUGAGGGCCGCAAGUGGCCACACACGAAAGUGUGCAGAAAAUCACUCAUGGGGAAAGGCAGCAGCAGCAGCUAGUCUCCAUCUUUUUCUUAUUUUGCAUCGCGUUUGUUGGCCGUUUUCUUGAAGUGUAAGAUUUUUCAGCACAAUUCCACCGCAUCCGUCCCCCCGGGGUUCCCUCAUCCCUCCCAGAGCAGGGAGAAGGGCAGGCGAGGUCAGGAGGGGUGUGUUUACGGAAAAUUUCGCCGAGGAAAAUCGUGUCCGAAGACGAUUCCCGCAGGGGGGGAUUGCGCCGACAAUCGAGGCCACAUUCCGGAGUGAGAACCUGGCCGCAAAAGCCACCACCAAGAAGACAGAAGUAGCAGCAGCAAAAACAUCACGCUCUAAUCUGGCGUUACGUAAUUGAGAAGAGUGUUGGCCCCAGCGUAAUUGGAUUUUGGAGACUAGAGUUUCCCCCCGCCGUCCACUCUGGGAACGACGGUGGAACCGUACUCCUUCGGCCACGGAAGAAAAACAACGCGUCAUCGCGUGUGUGUAUUUACAAACAUUCGAGUGAGUGUGCCUGCUCGUGCGCACCUUCCGGUGGCCACCACCUCGAGUGACGUCCCCCCCACCCCAAACCCUUCGUGGCCACAAAAGGAUUAGUUGCAGAAGAGACCAGGUCCAGGAUGGCGUUCGUCAGCGAGAAAGUCGACCCGGAACUAAUCUUCACAAAGCAGGAACGAAUCGGCAAGGGAUCCUUUGGCGAAGUGUUCAAGGGCGUCGACAACAGGACACAGCAGGUUGUGGCAAUCAAAAUCAUCGACCUCGAGGAGGCGGAAGAUGAGAUCGAGGACAUCCAGCAGGAAAUCAUGGUGCUAUCACAGUGUGACUCCCCCUUCGUCACCAAGUACUUCGGGUCGUACCUUAAGGGUACCAAGCUAUGGAUCAUCAUGGAGUACCUCGGCGGUGGAUCGGCCCUGGACCUGAUGAAGGCCGGUCUGUUCGAGGAGAUGCACAUCGCCAUCAUCCUGCGGGAGGUGCUCAAGGGUCUGGACUACCUGCACUCCGAGCGGAAGCUGCACCGGGACAUCAAGGCGGCCAACGUGCUCCUGUCCGAGCUCGGCGAUGUCAAGCUGGCCGACUUUGGUGUGGCCGGGCAGCUCACCAACACGACCUCCAAGCGGAACACGUUCGUCGGAACGCCCUUCUGGAUGGCCCCGGAGGUCAUCAAGCAGUCCAUGUACGACAGCAAGGCGGACAUCUGGUCGCUCGGCAUCACCGCGAUCGAGCUGGCCAAGGGGGAACCGCCCAACUCGGAGCUGCACCCGAUGCGGGUGCUGUUCCUGAUCCCGAAGAACAACCCGCCCCAACUCACCGGGAGCUACACCAAGCCAUUCAAAGACUUUGUCGAAGCGUGCCUAAACAAGGAUCCCGAAAAUAGACCCACGGCGAAGGAGCUGCUCAAGUUCCCGUUCAUCAAGAAAGCCAAGAAGAACGCCUACCUGAUCGACCUGAUCGAUCGGUACAAGAAGUGGAAGACGCAAAAGGGCGAGGAAAGCGAAACGGAGUCGGAAAAUUCGGACUCUGAGGAAUCCAAACCGGACAGCGACCUGGACGAGCCGUGGAUCAUGACCGUCAAGGGGCUGCACUUUAACAACUUCAACAAGAACGCGCUGGAGGAUGCGUUGGUGAGUGGCGUGGGCGGAUCGCCGAUCAAACACAACGGCACCAGCAACGCCAACAGCAGUCCCAACAACAUGGGCCUCGGCGGCAUGGGCAUGGGCAACGCUCGGGACCGGGACCGGGAUCGAGAUCGGGACUACAAUUUGAACCAGCAGCGGCAAGAGCAACAGCAGCAGCAGCAGCAAAAGUCCAGUCAGUCACGAACACCUACGUCGCCAUCACACCAGCAGCAGCAGCAACAGCAGACGUCGUCGUCGGCGCUGAUAUCCAGCAGCAACAGCAACUCCAACAGCCGGAAGCAGUCUUCGCAGCAGCAGCAGAUUUUGUCCUCCUCUUCGUCGUCGGAACGGGUUGACCGGAUUUCCGACCGGGAACCGGUGUCCCCACAGAAGGAGCAGGGAUUGGGUAUGGGUCACUAUUCGAGCGAGAGGGCAAGCCUCGACCGGCAGCGGGAGAGCGAGAAGGAACGAGAGCGGGACCGAAUAGAGGCCGAGCGGGAGCGGAAGGAGAGGAGGGAAUCUAAGGUUUCAUCGAACCAUCGAGCUUCGGCCGAGAGCGGCGAGGAGAAGAUCAGCAGUUUGCGGCGAGACCGCGAGUCGUCCAACAGCAGCAACAACAGCCACAACAACAGUCACAGCAGCAACGGCAACUCCAGAAGCAACAUCAACAGCAACAGCAGUAUUACAAAUGUAAAUAACAACUCGAGCGGCAAGAGCCGAACGAGCAACAGCAGCAGCAGCAACACCAACAGCGGCUGCCUCAAGUCGAUCAUCUUCCCCCUGCUGAACGAGAUGCAGCGAAGUUAUUCCAGCGCGAGCAACGCCGAGCUGAGCGACCUGCGGCUCGCCUUCGAGAAGGCCGAACUGACCUGCCCCGGCGUGAACGAUCUGUUCGUGAAGGAGAUCAUCCACAAGCUGGUGCCGGGCUUCUCCGAGACCCGGAUCAAUACGCUUAUAGACAAAGUGACGCGCGAGCCCAAGAGUAAGCGAUAAGCUGCACUAGACCUCAAGAGUUUGCCGUGUGUGUGUAGUGGGUGGUUUUCUUCACAAAAGUAGAUGCUGACCACGUGUGGAGGACGAUCAAACAGCGCAAACAGUACGGAGACGGAGAGUGUUUUUCUUCUUUUAUUUUUACUGUGUUUUUAUUUUAUUUUCGGAGUUAGCUAUCGCAAAAAAGGUUGUAAAUAAUUGUUUUAGUGAGGUGAAAAAAAACUUAUUUUUUGAGAUAUUUAUUUGUUUCCAGCAAAUUAGCCUUUUUAGCCUGAAACAAAUCACAACAGAGAAUCAAACAGUUUCUCAAAACUGCGUGCAACCAAUUGAUAGCAAUGAAAACGAAUGACAAUAUGUCUAUUUUAGCCCAACACUCAAUCACACUCACACACACACUGUAGCGAAAUCAAGUCGAAAUCUUUCCGUAGAAGUUUCUUCGUAAAAAUUGCUUUUGGUUAACUUUCCUUCUGUAAAUAGUUCUGUACAAAUCUUGUUCUGUUUUGUAGGUUUUAAAUUUGUUUUUUCGAAAUUAAUGAUUCCACGAUCUUCCAAAAAGUACUAAACAAGAGACUUUGCUUUUUCGCUAUCUCUUUGCUGCGUUUUCAAAUUUUCAAAAGCAAACAAAAUACUAUUUUUCGUUUUUUUUUCUUUCACCCCCCAAUUUAGACGAAAUCCUGCUUCAUCGUCAAAGAUGACCGUCCUUUACUAGCGUGCCUCCCCCUUCUAAAUUUAUCAGCUUUUUUUGUUAAUUUGUUUUGUUAUUUUUGCUCGUUAUUAACUCUUUUCAAGGCAAAGCUCGAUUUCCGUUUUUGCCAAAUCGCUCAGCCUCAACAGAUUCGCUUUUUUGCGCCCCUCCUCUUUGUGUCACUCGCGGAGCGAGUGCGAAAAACGAGAUUCUGCCGGAGAGCGCGUGAAAAUUCUCUCUCACACUUUUUACUCACCGUUAGCCGUUCGAGUCAUGUUUUUAUUAUUUAUUCACACGCUUAGCAUUUUUUUUUUCGUUGUGUUCUCCAAAGCCGCUGCUGAUCGCAAUCAACAUUAUUCACACUCACAAAGACACACACAGUUCCGAAAGCAGGUUUAGUUGGAGCAGGUCACCCUUACACACCAACACACAGGACGAAUGCAAAGAAAGAGAGCUAGAGAGAGGAAAAGGCAGUCUAGCGCGAGCGUGAGAGAAUGAGAGAGGGCAUGGAAGAGAGAGAUGAAAACAGGUACGAGAAACGGAAGAGAAGAGAAAAACUGUUUAAUUAAUUUUAAAAAAAAUGGAUAAAGUAGCGGAAAAGAACACCUUCGGUAUGUAUUAUUGACUGUAAACAUAGAAUGUGGAGUAAAGUAGCGGUUUAGAUAGAUAGUGGAGAGUAGACGAACAUUUAAAGAGGGGAGAUAGAACGAACGUACACACUGUGAAUAGUAGUAGAGAAAAAAAAAACAAAACAAGCCGCUUGGCGAAGCGACAUAAUGAAGUACGUUGCCGGCUUGUGGGGAAAGAUAGUGGACAGAAAAAGAGAUGGGAAAUAUGUAAUAUUUAAUUCAUACAUACAGAAUAAAAAAAAUGAUACUAAUUUAACUAGGUAUAUUUAACUAAAGGAAAACAAACCCAUUUCGAGAAGAAGAAAAAACAAGCAACUCUUUGAAACUUUUUGCAACACGAUACAACAAAACAAGAAUAUAUACUUCAGGAAACAACAACAACACAUUAAACAGCAAAUAAUGUUAUUGCAAUUACAACAGAAAAAAAAUGGAAAACAAAUCAGCAGAUUUAACCAAAUCUGCAAAGCAAACAUGUAUAAAGAGAAAAAAAGGAAUGAAAAAAACUGUGUUUUCCAAAUGUAGAAAAUCGAAAAAAAAAAACAAACAAUAGUUGGUUGGGGUCCCCCCACCCCCCUUUCGGAGUUGUUCAACACUGUGCCGAGCAGAUGAUGAGAUGGAAGAAAAGAAAAAAAAAACGUAAACAAUAAAAUCACUCGUAAAGGAAAUAUUGAUAAAA